CCUGGAGAUGCGCCGGGUGUUGUUGCUUUUUAAAGCACUGUGCUGUCACUACCUCCUAGGGAUCUGAACUGGAACACCCACCGGUUAGUAUCCACAUGCGGCGCUUUGGGUUCGGCGUGCCGUGGAACCAGGGACGGCGGUGAGCGACCACAGAGAUGCCCAGGGGCCUCAGUGCUGGUGGGGCCGGCCCCGGGGGCUUGGGGACCAACGGGAGGUACGAGACCCCCCAGGCUUCUGAGCUGCAGAGGCUGAUGUGGACCAAGAACGGGGCCAGUGGCCACCUGGACCAAGUACAACCCAGGAUCUACGUGGGAGACAUGUACGCAGCGAAGGACAAGAGAUCCCUCCUCGCCCACCGCAUCACCCACGUGCUCAAUGCCGCCGACGGGAAGUUCAACGUGAACACGGGGGCCAGGUUCUACCGGGACACCAAGAUCACUUACCACGGGGUGGUGGCGUUCGACAUGCCGACCUUCGACAUGAGCCCCUUCUUCGCCCCGGCGGCCAACUUCAUCAGAAACGCCCUGAGCACGCCCACAGCUAAGGUGCUGGUGCACUGCGUGAUGGGUCAGAGCCGCUCCUCCACCCUGGUGCUGGCCUACCUGAUGAUCCACGAGAACCUGACACUGGCCGACGCCAUCAGAGCCGUCAGUGCCGGCCGCAACAUCUGCCCCAACGCCGGCUUCCUGGAGCAGCUCCGAGCGCUGGACCGAGAGCUCCACGCCCGCAGAGCUCGGAGCUGAGGAACACUAAUGUUAUAUUCGCACUCAAGAUCUAGAGUACAAAUAUAACAUGAAUACAUAUAUAUAUAUUUUCAUAUUAUUUAAAUUCUCAAGAACUAGAGUACUUAUAGAGUGCGAGUAUAAUAUGAAUACAUAUAUGUGUGUGUAUAUAUAUAUACAGUAUAUAUAAUACGAAUAUAUAUACACAUAAACAUACUAUAUAUAUAUAAAUGUAUUCAUAUUAUAUUCAUGCUCAGGAUCUCCAGUAGGAGGCAUUUUAUUGAUUUCAUGAUUAUAGUAUGAUAGUAUUUUAUAAAAGUAUGAUUAUGAUAUGCAUAUAUGAAUAUAAAUAAGUAUAUGCAUAAAAUUGAAAGUAUGAUGUACAGUUUGUUAUUCAGAAUAAUUGUCUAUAAAUGUAUUUCAUAGUUUAAUACCUGCGAUGUGGACAUAAAUGUUAAUGCUCAUGAUGAAAAACGCUUGUUGAAACAAUAUUAUCAUAAAUUAAUAAAUGAUUAAAGGCAGUGUCUCAAA